AUGACGACCGCGAGCUGUGCUGCCGCAGGCGCCGCCGCCGCAGCUGCAGGAGGAGGCGUCGCCGCAGCUGCAGGAGGAGGCGUCGCCGCAGCUGCCGUAGGCGCCGCCGCCGCAGCUGCCGUAGGCGCCGCCGCCGCAGCUGCCGUAGGCGCCGCCGCCGCUCGUGCAGACGUAGGAGGAGGAGGAGCUGUCGGAGGCGGCGUCGCCGUUCCUGCCGGCGCAGGAGGCGAAGACGCCGCUGCGGGCCAGACGUCGGGCGGCUCGGGCCAGCCUCCGCAGCAUGCGAUGCAGCAAAACUAA